AUGAGCAGGUUUCUAUUUAGGCUUACAGGGGGUGAUGACGAGAUCAACCUGAUGGGCGAUGGAUCCGAGAAGCCGGAGUUCUCCGAGUGGGCAUGGAUGACCCCUCAGCAAGUGAUUGAGAAGGCUGUUGAUUUCAAGAAACCUGUCUACGAGGAGACACUGAAGCACUUCGCCCCGUAUCUACAGUCAGAUCCAGCAGCCUCGUCGUAG